AUGCAGCGAGGACAGAUGAGACAGAUCGUAAAGGAGGAAAUUAGUCAGCAAUAUAUCCCAAUCACUACAACAGAAAGGAAGGAGGAACGGUCACAACCACUUGACACUGCAAUGUCCGAGUUAUCGGAGAAGAAGAACAGAGAACGAAUACACAGUCAGAGUGACAUCAUUAUACAAACCACGCCCUCCAUUGUGAUUGGAUACGAUGACCUUGACAUCAGAUGCAGCCCUCAUCCUUCUUGGUCUAUACAAAGUAUCACGCGGAUACAAAUAUACAAAAACACCAAGGGGCCUCUCGGAUCCUCAGCGUCUGAGGUGGUAUUUAUGUACUUAAAUCUAACUGUCCUCGCGGAGCAGUUCCAGUGGAGUGAUUUGUCAGUAAAAGCGAGGGGCGUGGCCACGGGGUCUCUAAGUCCGACGAUUGACAGCUUCAUGAGGCUGCUGGUUCCAGAAAGCAGUACGUUGUGCGAAGACGCUGCUAGCUAUCGUUGUGAGAUUUCUGGUACCAACUUCGGUGCCCCGUCCUCACGCUCUGAAGAUUUCAGCAUUGGCGGUCUUGUAUUUGGCCGAGUUACAUUGAAUUCAUCGACUAACAUAACGCUACGCCAAGACGCUCUAGAGAUUGGCUGUUUCCAGGGAACAACUGGAGAAGGUCUCGAAAGAGUUGACCGCCUGGAAAUCUUCCGUUAUUCCAAAGACGGCAACAGUAUGACUCGCGUUGUGUCUGUCGUCCUAGAUAAUGCAACUGGACAAAGCGUUCUAGAAUUUCACGACCUUUCAUUGAAGGCAAGAGCUGUGAUUGCCGGGAAUAUCACAGCGCCCUCUAGUGCUUUUAUCAUGCUGCUGAUUCCCGCCAACAGCAGUGUGUGUGACGACAUUACUACUUAUAGGUGUCAAUUGACGGCUACCAGCGUGGCCGAUACUGUGGUCAGUGAUUAUAAGGACGUCACUAUAUAUGCAGAAACGUUACCGGAAGAAAUUAGUCCACUUCAGAUCCAGGACAGCAUAGGGCGUAUCUGUACCGCCAGGGGAAGCUCCAUCCGAUGGUGCAUCCGGAGGUAUGGAGGACUCUUUACAGAGUACCCAAAGUUUGAUGACAUCACCACAUCAGAUGUGUACUCUGUGGACGCCUGCCAGAACUCUCAAAAUAGUACACUGACGUACAACGUCACUUCCGGAGAUAUAGAAACGACUUUCAUGUGUGAGAUUGGUAAUGGAGGGGUGUGUGGCAAUGGUAUCGUGACGUCACAGGUCUCCAUUUACGCAGUUGACAUGGCGAUAAGUGCUGAUGUACCAGGGGCGAUAACUGCUGGUGUGAACGAGCUGCUUAUAAGGUGUUCACAAACGGCGUCAGGGAUUGGUCUAUUACGCGAACCGGAAAUACGAUUGUAUCGAAAUACUUCCGUGAUGGAUGACAGCAUCGUGCUGUCAUUGGCUGUGGAUAGUUCAACCAAUCAGAGCACCAUCACGUGGUUUGACGAAGACUUCAAAACGAGGGCUACAGCUGCUGGAAAUAUCAUUAACAUAACAUCGGCAUACCUCAAUAUUUCCGUGAAUUCCAGUCACGUGAACUGCUUAGAUGCCGGGAACUACAGGUGUGAUUUGGGUGGCCAUAUUGGGAGUGAAAGAAUACAUUUUGAGGACAGAGAUUCCCUGGAUGUUAUAGUACGUCCUGAUCACAUGGAAGAAAUACUUGUCCGGAAUGACAAUGACGAACCUACAGAUAAAAGAUCAUUUCCGGUUGGUACAAGCCUUACUCUGACAUGUAACAGCACAGUCGGGAUUCCACCCCAUGGUAUAAUCUGGUGCGUACGUCGCGCUAUGGACGACGAAUUCAUCUCAUUAGGUUCCGGGAACUCGUCCGUCCCGGUCCCUUCAGGCUCCUGUCAAUACCGUCAAACAAGUGAACUACGCUUUAAUGUGACGAAUAUGGACAGCGACACCGUGGUUCAGUGUGAGGUGGGGAAUUUCUCGACAUGUGGUACUGGAAUCGUCAGCAGGGAGGUUCGGAUUAACGCCGUCGACGUGGCUUUGACCACUGACGUCACAUCUAUAGUGACGAGUGGAGACAGACUAAACGUGACGUGUUUCCAGUCCGCUUCCGGUCUCGGUGAACUUCAGCACACAUAUAUCACAUUGUACCGGAACACCUCUGACGGGAUCAAUGAAACAGAUGAAAGAGUUGUCUCCCUUAGAUACAACAGUACUUCUAACACGUCGGUUAGCUUAUGGCAUGACGACGAUUUGGUAACCAGGGCGACGGUUACUGGGGAUGUGACAGACCCAGGGACAGCUUACCUGUCGUUGUCCGUCAGUAACGUCACGUGUCUGGAUCAAGGUGUAUACAGGUGUGAGAUGACAGGUGUCACACCAACAAAUUCCUGGCGAGUCCGAGGGGACAGCAAACUGAUCCAAGUUAAUGUUCCAGCGGAAUCCGUACAUGAUAUAACAGGAAAGGUUGGCGACAGGUUUUACACCGACAGAGGGAGCUUCAGGUCAGGAACUGAGGUGCUCCUCACGUGCAAUGCCACUGUGGGGGCUCCUCCUGGCAAUCUGACGUGGUGUGUGAUGCGGGCCGGGGAGAACGAAUAUACAGAAUACAAUGACACGUUGGGAAGGCAGUCUGAACCCAUUCCCAUUGGACAAUGUCAGUACAUGCGUACUAGUGUGGCAAAAUUUACUGUAACGUCACGUGACUCUCACACCCUAAUGACGUGUGUAGUUGGCCAAAACUCAACAUGUGACGGAAAUCUUGUCAGUGGGGUUUUCGAGAUAUUUGCAGUUGAUGUAUCCAUAGACUUGAGUUCGACGCCGGAAGUGAUUGGAGGGUUUGAUGCAAUCAACAUGACGUGUAAUGUGUCUGACGUCACAUCCUUUACGAGGUUAGAGGUCAUGUUAUACAGAAAUACUUCUGACCAGGAUACAGCUAUCGUAUCGUUCGACUACAACGUCACCACGAGUUCGGUCACGUGGUUAGACAACGAAAUGGAACAUCGAGCGGCGGCAGAGGCGUGGGUGGAGGGGAGUUCAGCCAUUUUGGAGAUGUCGUUAGGACAGGAAGUGACGUGUUCGGAUGAGGGCUAUUACACAUGCGUAAUGCGGGGAGACAUGGGAUCAGAAGAAACACUCGUCCAACAAGACCAGCAAUAUACAAAAGUAAUUGAGUUACCAGACUCCAUAUCGGAUGUAGCCGUCCAGACUGACUCAGGAUUAUACGCUAGGGAAGGGGUAUUUCCGGUUGGCUCGAACAUCACACUCUUAUGUAAUAGUACGGUAGGACGCCCUCCCCUGGAAUUACAUUGGUGUGUUAGGAGGGUAGGCCAAACCCCCGUGGCAUAUGAAGGGAUCGUCAAUCAGACGGAGCCAAUUCCAUUCGGAAACUGUCAGUUUUCCCGCACAAGCUCACUAGUGUAUACCGUAAUGUCCGAGGAUACCCGAACAGAGUUCAUAUGUGACGUCGGAUCCAAUGGCACAUGCGGUGACGGCCAUCUUAGCUCGGUGUUUACAUUGUACGCAGCUGUGGUCAGCGUUAAGGCCAACUCCACGCCGUUAGCGACUAGUGGAUUGGACAAUAUCAACAUCACGUGUUCUGUUACUGGGCUUCGUCUAUUUGACGACUGGAUGAUCCAUAUAUACCAAAAUGCAUCCGGGGACUCUGCGGGAGAAACUAUGCUUAUCUCUAUGGUGCAUAGUGGCACUAACAAUAGCACAUUGGUCGUCUGGUGGUACCCGGAACUGCAAACAAGGGCAGACUACUCUACUGAUCUUACCCAGACAGAUACCGCGAUGUUUGAACUGUCUUUUCAAGGUGAUCACGUGACUUGCCUCGAUGGUGGAUUAUACAGGUGUGAAUUAUCUGGCACUACGUCAUCAGGCGACAAUGAAAGAGCAGACGACACAACACCCGUACUUAUCGUUGUCCCACCUGGCCACAUAGAGGAGGUGAGAGGUGAGGGUGAUGACGUUGACGUCUUCGGUGGUGGGGUGUUUCCCGUGGAAUCGGGCCUCGUUCUGACGUGUAACAGUUCUGCAGGGAAUCCCCCAAUGGAUAUCUACUGGUGCGUGAUGACCGACUCUGAUAGCCAGUGGUCCCUGUAUCCUAACACAUCACACAUCACUCAGUCAGAACCUACAUCCGGGUCGUGCGACCUGUGGAGGGUCAGCACACUACAAACUGAGGUCAGGGCCACCGAUGUUUCUACGCGGUACCUCUGUGAGGUGGGGCAGAACUUGACCUGUGGACAGGGUCUCCUUAAUUCCUCAUUCUCCGUGUAUGCCGUGGACGUGGACGUGGACGUGGCCAUCCAAGGAACGAGCACGGUGAUUGGUGGAAUAGACGAACUUCAGAUUACUUGUUCACAAAACGCUUCUGGCAUUGGAUUAUUAGAAAACACUACUAUAGGUAUAUACCACCAGACAGAGGGUUUACAACGGUACCUACUGGUGUCCUUGGCCUAUAAUAUGACUACCGGAAGUGACAUCAUUACCUGGCACACACCUGGGAUGAAGGAGUUGUGGUUUGCGAAUGGAAGCACAACACCAUUAAACACAGCGUUCCUAGAGUUGACACUAACGAAUGUGAGCUGUAGAGAGUCCGGGUCGUAUGAGUGUGUCCUACAAGGACAGGUGGGGUCUUAUUAUGACGUCAUGAACAAAGACCGGAUGGAAGUAAACGUAAAAGUGUUACCUGACAGAAUAGAGCCCAUUGAGGGACGGACAGGUAGUACAGCUGUGACUGAUGAGGGGAGAUUUCUCGUUGGUCAGACAGUAUGCCUUCUAUGUAACAGCACCGUGGGGGAUCCCCCAGCAAACCUUUAUUGGAGAUACAAGCGCGCUAAUGACACAGAUUAUACGCUUCAUAACGCAACUGACCAGUCAGAACCGACUGCUUCUGGUUCCUGUCAGCUCCGACGCAUUAGUCGCCUUCCAUGGACAGUAACGUCGGCCGACAUAGAGACGAGGUUCAACUGUAUGGUCGGACAGACGCACGUCGACACCUACUUCAACGCAACUUUUACCAUUGUCGCAAUACCCUGUGACGGAGAUUGUUCUGUACUAACCACACCAGUUUCCCCUAUUCUGUCGGAUGGUAUGACGUCAGCAGUGAUCGUUGCGUCCAUCAUUGCUCCAUUGCUCCUUCUGGCUGUCGUUAUUGCACUGAUUGGUCUAUGGAAAUUUCCAGGUGCUCGGGCUUUAUUAUGUAAACGAAAGUCCUAUGGACCAAAAGUGGAACCACACGAUUCUGGCUUGGAUAUUCCGCUCGACUUAAAUUGUGUUGGAUCAUCAGCGCCCCCUACCGGCACAUCUUUGGCGAAUGGAUCGGCCAUGAAAAGUGAUUGAAAACUUAUCCGCUCCUGUACUUUAUACAAUCAAUAGCAACGUUAAAUUCAAUUUGCCAUACAUUAAUAUGUAUACUAUCUUUAAAAAAUAUUCAUUAAAAAUAGACUAAAACUGAAAAAUAAACUUUCAAACUCUACAAACUUCAAACAGUAUAACUAUUUGCCAAAAGGAUAAAUGUACCAUUUUAAAAUUAAUUUGUACAUAAUCGUUCCAAAAAUUUCCGAGACAGUGCUUGUCUGACAUUAGAUAUUGUCGAACAAUGCCUAGGGGCAGUUAUUCAUAUCCCGUAAUCUAUUUUUGAAAGAUUUAAUUAAUGAAAGUUUUUAAUUACAUUUUAGUACGAGUGGUUUGUAUUGUUUUAACGAAAAUUCCUGUAACCUUAUUUCAGUCUUUCAAAAUUUGUGAGACAUGUAUAAGUAUUAUGAUGAUAUGCAAUACAUCUUUAAACAAUAAAGGUGUAA